UAAUUCAAUUAAUUUCCUGGUUAUUUUAAUUUCCUGGUUAUUCAAUUAAUUAUUUUAAUUCAAUUAAUUUCAACUAUUUUAAUUUCUUUAUGUUCUUUAAAGUUGUUAAAAUAUGUUCUGUAAUUUCUUUAUGCUGAAACAUUGAAUUGCUUGUUGGAUAGAAUUAAUGUCGAAGUCGAGUGAAAGUAAAAAAGAUCCGGCAUGGCAAUAUGCACGGAUAGUAAAUCCUCAAAACCUUUCAAAAUUCAUUUGUAACUUUUGCGACAAAGAAAUGAAUGGCGGUGUUUACCGAGUCAAGCAACAUCUUGCUGGUGGUUAUAAAAUUGUUGUUGCUUGUAAAAAAUGUCCAUCUCAUGUCAAAGAUGAAAUUAAAGACUAUAUGUCUCAAAAAAGUCAAUCAAAGGUGCAAUUGAGGAUGGUUCCUGAUUUUGAUGAGAUGGAUAAUGAUGACGAUGAUGAUGAUGAAAUUCUUGAGAUAAAUCAACAUGGUAAAAGGCCUGUUUCUACUCAAGGUUCUAUCCGUCGAGAACAAGGAAGUAACUCCUCCAAAUCUAUUGGUUCCAAACAACCAAAGCAAAAGGGACCCAUGGAUGUGUACUUCACCCCUGAUCCGGAAGUUGCGGUGCAAAAUCGUAAAGCCAAGGGAAAGCAAACAAGAAUUGAUGAUAAUGAUCCUAGUAAGAAGGUGUUGAGAGAUCGGGCUCUUGUUUGGUUUUCGAGGUGGAUUUAUGAUACGAGUAUACCUUUCAAUGUUGUGAACUACAAUAGUUUUGGGCCAAUGGUUGAAGCUUUUGGGCAAUAUGGUCCUGGCAUGAAGCAACCAAGCUACCAUGAGGUGCGGGUUCCUUAUUUGCAGAAAGAGGUAGACCACACUAAUAAGACCAUAGAGGAUCAUAAAAAAGAUUGGGUAACAUAUGGAUGCUCUUUAAUGGCCGAUGGGUGGAAGGACAAAAGAAACAGAGCAUUAAUUAAUUUUUUGGUUAAUUGCCCAAGAGGAUCAAUGUUUAUUGAAUCCGUUGAUGCUUCUAGCUUAUCCAAGGAUGCAAAUAAGAUGUUUGAAUUGCUUGACAACUUUGUGGAGCGUAUUGGUGAAGCCAACGUGGUUCAAGUUGUUACAAAUAGUGCCUCAGCAAAUGUGUUGGCCGGGAAGUUUUUGGAGGCAAAGCGGCCACAUUUGUAUUGGACACCAUGUGCAGCUCAUUGCUUGGACUUGAUGUUGGAGGACAUUUUCAAAAUUCCCAACUUCAACAAGACAUUUGAAAAGGCAAUUGCGGUGCAUGGUUAUAUUGUGAACUGCUCUGGUUUGUUGAAUAUGAUGAGGCAAUUUACCCAGUGCAAGGAUUUGAUCAAGCCAGCAAAAGCUCGAUUUGCAACUGCUUUUCUAACUUUAUCAAGGAUUCAUCAACAACAAACCAACUUGAAGAAGAUGUUCACUUCAGAGGAAUGGACCACAAGCAAAUGGGCGAAGGAACCACAGACCGCACAAGUCAUAUUAAUGCCUUCUUUUUGGAACAAUGGUCUUUAUGCUCUCAAAAUAUCAAGUCCUCUUGUUCGUGUACUGCGAUUGGUUGAUGGUGAGAGAAAGCCUCCCAUGGGAUAUAUUUAUGAGGCAAUGGAUAGGGCUAAAGAAACCAUUGCAAAAUCAUUUAAUGGAAAUGAAGAGAAGUACCAGGAGUUUUUUGAAAUAAUUGACAAUAGAUGGAAUGUUCAAUUGCAUAGGCCUUUGCAUGUAGCUGGGUAUUAUUUAAACCCAGAGUAUUUUUACGCAAAUCCAAAUAUUGAGAAAGAUAAGGAAGUCAUGUCAGGCUUGUAUAAAUGCAUACAAAGGUUGGUCCCAAGCAAUGAGACACAAGAUAAAGUUUGCGCAGAGUUGACUACCUAUAAGAAAGCUGAUGGUCUCUUUGGGAUGGCUUUGGUCAUUAGACAAAGAACUACAAGGGCACCAGCUGAUUGGUGGAGUGCAUAUGGUUCUGAAACACCAAAUUUGCAAACAUUCGCCUUCAAAAUUCUUAGUCUAACUUGUAGCUCAUCUGGAUGUGAGCGGAAUUGGAGUGUGUCUGAACAUAUUCACACCAAAAAGAGAAAUAGGUUAGCUCAAAAACAUCUGAAUGAUUUGGUAUUUGUUAAGUAUAAUAGAGCAUUGAGACGUCGAUACAAUUCCCGUGACACUAUUGAUCCCAUUGCUUUGACGGAUAUUGAUGAAAGUAAUGAGUGGUUGGUUGGGAGGAUGGAGGAGGAACUUGUCUUUGAGGAUGAUACUUUGACAUGGGAUGAUGUUGCUAGAGCUGCUGGAGUUGAGGAAAGUAGUCAAAGAACUAGAUCAACAAGGGCAAUAGAAAGGGGUUGUUCAACUUCAAAAUCAGCAGCUAGACCUAGAUUGCAACUUAUUGAUAAGGAAGAGUCAAUUUCAGAUGGGGGAGAGGAAGAAGAUGUAGAGGGAUAUGCUGAAGCCAAUGAUAAUGAAGAAGAAGUUCAUUUGCUUGAUGUUGAAGAUGAUUUUUAGAACUUUUGGAUUGGUGGAUUGUAUUUGUCUUUGUUGGAUAUUUUCUUUUGUUUAUGGAUAUUUAGUAUUUGGAAUGAUAACUGCAUGAUGGUUCUUGAAAAUAUUUAUAUUUUUGUCU